UCUGCUUCUUGAUGAGGGAGGUGAGGAGGGGCCUGAAGAGCGGGGACUCGAGGAGCAUACCCAGUACGCCUUGGCGGCGAACGGAAUCCCCUUCCUCCUCCUUUGUGGACUGGCGCACGGCCGAGGCGGCGACCGGCGCGUAGGCCCACGCACACCCGAGGUGGCGCAAGCGCAGCGCGAGACACUGCUGCUUUCCCCGUGCCUCCUCCGGCGUCGGGGGCAACGAGGAGGAGGUGUCGCCGCAGCGCGCAAGCAGGAGACGCAGCGGGAGGAAGAAGAAACAACUUUGGGGGUGAAAGAGGGGAGAUUUGGGAGGCAGGCAAGGGGGCCAGGGGAGCUGCGCGAGGCAGGAGGUCUUUGGUCGGUGCAUACUGUACACGCCCACAGCAGUUUGGACCAAACACCAUCGCUGAGUAUGAAUUUGAUCCCAUGUUCAAGGACGUGGGACUUGACAUGUCCGUUUAUGGCUACCUGCUUCCCUUACUCGGCCAUAAAGUAGCUCCUGCCGCUGAUGCUCCCAACUCAUCCACGCAGGUUCACACAAAGAGACGCAGCAGGCUGGUGCAUGACAAGAUGAGUGACCUUGUUUUCAUCAAGUUCAACUCCAAACUGAAGGACAAGAAACUAAACAAACUCAAGGACCCCAUUGAGAAGCAGGUGGUAGAUGUUUUAGAAGAUGAUGAGAAUGAAUGGAUCACUGGUGUGGUGCCUAAUGGUGAUGAAGAACAAGUUGAAGGUGAAGAUCAAGAUCAAGAAAUUCCAUAUGCAAGCUCGCAUGCUGGACCAGGAACUUCUGCUAUUAAUCCCCUUAAAAGGAAGAGGGGUGUCUAUGGUAAGAAGAAGAAGAUGAUGAUCCCUGUUACUCCUCAAGAAGAUCUGCUCUCUGCUUCCUCUGCUUCAGAAAGUGACGACGACGAGGACACCAACAUGAGUUCUGGUUCUGACAUGUGAGCUUGUCGGUUUCUUUAUGAAGUUCGUUUUGGCGCUCAUGAUUCUAUCCUUUCCUGUGUGCUUUUGACAAAUGAAUUCUGAAGACUUUGUGAUGCAUGUAAUGGACUAUGGACAUGCUGCUGUUGUUACUUAACUUCUGCCGAACUGCUGAUGUUAUGCUUGAUGCAGUCUUGAAUUUAUGUUUUUAUUUA